UUGAGUUCACUUAACAGUUGGAAGAAGGCAAUUAAGGGAGGAAAAAAACAACCAGGAAGUAAAACCGAGAGAAACGUAUUUGCUUCGAGACUUUAAACUGUUUUUAAAGGGUUUUAAAUCAACUUGUCAUCUUUUAUAGAAAGUAGAUCCACCAGUUUACGGAUAAAGGACAUUUUUUCCAGCAAGAUGGACACUGAUCCGGAGCGUGGAGGGAUAGAAGAAAUGCCAGAGCCUAAGGACAAGGUGCAGACUUUAAAGGAUCAGGUGGAUGGCGUGAAAAGCAUCAUGACUCAGAAUGUGGACCGGAUCCUGGCACGAGGAGAAAGGCUGGAUGACUUAAUGGGCAAGACAGAGGAUCUGCAAGCAGGGGCUCAGCACUUCAAGCAGACGUCUCACAAGGUGGCUCGCUCCUACUGGUGGAAGAAUGUCAAGUUGAUUGUGGUCAUAAUUGUGAUCGUCCUAGUUAUCGUCCUCAUUAUCAUCUUACUGGCCACAGGAGUCAUCCCUACUAGUUCCCCCGUGCCUCCUAUAGUUGCUCCCACCCCCAAGCCCUAAACUGACAGAAAUUUAAACAAUGUAUAGUCAGAAUAAAAUCAUAAACAUAUUCCUAUUGCACAAUAUCGAGGGAAAAAAAUAAAUAUAUAUAUAUAUAUAUAUAUUUAUUUAUAUAUUACAUACAUGUAAACUUGAGCAAAUCACUGCUAUAUGGUGAAACCGUUAAUACUACAGUUUCUAUGUUGAACUUUUAGGAAUUCCAAUAUUUUAUUCUUUGGUUUAAGGGACUUUAAUGACAGAACAAGCUUUUGAAAGCCUUUCCCAUACAAUACCUGCUUCUUCUUUUUUUUUCUUUCUUUUUUUUUUUUACACAUCCUAAACCGCUGUGGAACAUCAGUGGUCAAUGGCAGUAAAACACUACCGGUAUUUUUAAAGGAUGUUUCAUAUCAGCACUGUCUGCUCCUCUUUGUUAAACGGAUUCACCAUAAGCAUUUAUUUCAUCCCAGCAAAGAGCGAGUCUCUUAAACUUUUGUAGUUGAGAAGAAUGAAGGUGGAUUAUUCCAGUCUCAUAUUUUAUGUUAGGUUUGUCUUAGAUGUUGUCACUGGUGCACCUUUACAAAAGACAGCGUGUAUAACGCAGAGUACGAUUUGGAUCGACUGUGUCAGGUAAUAAAAUGGGUAAUAUCUGGAUCCUUUUUGACACUAGAAAAUUACCACAGAGUUAACAGUUUUAGGUCACAGUAUAUUUAAUGGGAGGAUGAAUUGUGGAGUUGAUUUUGACAUCUGUCUGGCUUCUGGGGGAUAUUACAUAAGCUUCCAAAACCACUCUGGCCCGUCAGGGAACUGGACCUCUGCAGGUGUCCUGUUUAAAAUGACAGUGGAACAUUAGAAGUGGAUGUUUUGGGUACUUCUGACCCUCUGUGAUUUGGCUUUUUUUUUUUUUUGGUUCAUCCCACUGAAGCCAAAUCGGAUUUGGAUCUGGGGUAUGAGGAGGCCAGGUGAACACCAGGAGCUCUUCCAUAUGUUCUGGAGCCAUUCGUUAUCAGCAACUUUACCUGUCAGACGUUUGUUGUGGCUGAUUGGUGUAUUUCAGUCAAAAUGCUUCCAGUUUUGUUACAGUCAGACAACAUGCAUAAGAACGGUUUAUUGAAUUAAUAUACUUUGAAUACUCUCUAAAUGGUGUUUAUGAAGUAAGCAAUGAAAAGAUUACAGUGAAGCCAUCAAGUGUGUUGACAUUAAAUAAGCAGUCGGUUACUACACCACUGAAACAAGGGGUGUAGUUUUAAAUUUGCAUUGAACUCCUAUUCGGACCGUAAAGUUUAACUGAUGGCCUACAGCUGACUAGCCACCUGCAGGUAUGCAGUGCAGAAACUCACAGCCUUUGGAGGGGAAUUGCAAUGUCAACCACCUCUACAACACUCCCCCUCUGGCCCGUGUCAGCCACAGUGGUAAACCUUCAUAGUCUUUUCAAAAAUCCUCCAAGUUUCUGGAUGUUACAAUACCAGUUUAGUUUCAAAGAGGUCAAAGGGCUUCUGGUGUGAGCUGUAUAGAAUCAUCAUAUUCUCACUGAUCUGUAUAUUUGUAGACUUUAGCAGACCUCUCCAGGCCUCUUCUGUAGAGGCUAUUAAUGUUACUUUUUUCUUAUUUAAUCAGAAGUGAAUGAAUAAAAUCUGAAUGUAAUUUCUGUAUAAAUAAAUCGUAAUUGAUUCUGUAUACAACCCUAAAGUUUCAUGAUGAGGUAACAAAAUCCCUGUUGGAAAAAAUACUUUUUUCCCCUUUUUGGUCUCAUCUCUUGAUGCCUAUAAACCACACUCUUGUUUCUGUAAGACAUCUUCAGUGAGUCUGUUGCUGUGUUAAAGGAUUUUUUCUACUGUGUGUAACUCUUGUAAUUUAAAGCCCUUGAGGGUCUUAUUCUGAUGACUUAUGGUAUUUAAUGGUUUUGACGGUCUGAUAGAGAAUAAAUUGUAUUUUUCUUCUG